AUGGGGGUGCGUCCUCAUCGCAGAUGUCAAGACGCAUCCUGCAAACCUUUGGAACUCACCAUGAAGCUUGACACCUCCAAGAUGCGGUACUUGACCGCCGACGACUUCCGGGUCCUCCAGGCGGUCGAGUUAGGUUCCAGGAACCACGAACUUGUGCCCACGCAAAUGAUCCAUUCUAUUAGCGGACUCAAGUCUCCUAGUGGGACAAACCGAGCUAUAGGCGAUCUUGCAAAGCUCAAGCUUGUUGCACGACUCAGGAAUGCAAAAUACGAUGGAUUUCGGUUGACGUAUAACGGUUAUGACUACCUUGCCAUAAAGUCGAUGUUGAAACGUGACACUCUCUAUUCUGUUGGUAACACCAUUGGAGUUGGAAAAGAGUCAGAUAUCUACGCUGUAGGUGAUCCCAAGGGAGACCAAAAGGUUCUCAAGAUCCAUCGACUUGGCAGAACCUCGUUCAAGACGGUGAAGAAUAACCGUGAUUACUUGAAAAAUAGACAAUCAUCCAAUUGGAUGUACUUGAGCAGAUUAGCCGCUGAAAAAGAGUACCAAUUCAUGGUUAUUUUUCAUGAGAAUGGAUUGCCAGUACCUCGUCCAUACGACCAUUCGCGCCAUUGUGUGUUGAUGGAAUGGAUAGACGGCAUACCCAUGAAGCAUUUACGGAAACAUGCUGACUAUAAGAAACUUUACUCUGAUCUCAUGAAAUUCAUUGUCAAUUUGGCCAAUAAUGGUAUUAUCCACUGUGACUUUAACGAGUUUAACAUUAUAGUCAAAGACCCUUCCAAGACCAAACAGCCAUCUUGUUUCCAGGACUCCGAGUUUGUGGUUAUCGAUUUUCCUCAAUGUGUGUCUAUUGACCAUGUAGAUGCCGAAACAUACUUCAAUCGAGACGUUGCUGGAAUACGAGCAUUUUUCGAGAAAAAAUUUCGUUAUGUUCCAGAAAACGAUCCUAUUAUGCUUGACACCGACGGAUAUGGUGAAGGCUACAAACAUGCAUACCCCAGCUUUACCAGAGACGUGAAAAGGAUUAAUAGUUUAGACCUUGAAGUCAAGGCAUCAGGCUAUGCCAAGGCGAAUCUGAAGGAAAGCAAAGAUUUGGAAUUUGCUGUUGAGAGUAUGAGAAUGCUAGAUGAGGAUCGCUUUGAAGAAGAUGAGUCUGAAGAUGGAUAUGGCAGUACUACUGAGAGCGAAGACGAUUACGACGGUUAUGAGUUGGAGAGUGACGAUGCUGAGUUUGAACAAGAAGAAGAAAAGUUGAAGGAAGAAAACGAGAAAAUCGUCGAUGCAUUAUCACUGGGAGUCAAGGAACUUAAAAUGGACAAGCUCGGAAACUAUAUACUUGACUAA